GGAAAAAGGAGAACGAAGAGAUCGUCGAGUGAGAUAGGUAAGGAGGUUGCAAAGAGUGCCAGCCAGCGAGUGGUCAAAUGUGGCGAAGAUUGUGGGGGAGCAAGGGGGAAGCGAAGAUUGUACAAAAUUGGGAAUGAAACGAGUAUCAAAGUAAUUGUUGUUCUUGAUUUGAUCUUCAAGGACGGAUUUCGCUCCCAGUUUAGAAGGCAAAGGUGGCUGCCGAGACGCCCCGCGCUUGUCGGUCCUUCCGUGAGCGCUAUAAAAAACAAGAGAAAACAAGGGAGGAUGAAGCGAGGUGUGAUCACCAGACAUGGAUGUGGCAAUGAUGGGGUGACAGAGGCAAAUUGGAAAGCAGAACCAGAGAAGAGCACGGGGGUAGUGAUGGAAAAUUUGAAAAUAAAGAAAGAGGGAUAA